CUAAAUUAUCCUUUCAUAGUUGUCAUCGGCUGCUUUCAGUUGGUUGUUAAUGAUCCAGUCAAAAGCAGAAAAAAGCUGUGUCAUUGUGAACACCGGUCGAUGAUGUGUGUUUGGGGGCUGCACCAGAUGUACAGCCUUUUAAACAAACAGGAACAGCAUUUUCCUCUUUCAGUCACAAGCCGCCUGCCUCAGAUCUGUGCUGUGUGUUAUGUGUGUGUGUGUGUGCGUGCGUAACGUUGGCCCCCGUCUACCACCCACUGACGACUUUGGAGAUGGUUGUCAUGGUGACACUUCAAAUGCCGCUGAUGAACUGAUCAGCAAUGGGCGAUUGUCGAGCGAUGAUUCACCAUGAGCACAGAGCCGUUGAGCCAGGAGCCCUUUGUUAGUUCCAGAGUGCAGUCUUCAGCAGCAGCAGCACAAGAUGCAGCAGCACUGAGAACGUCGCUCCUUAGCCUUGGAGAUGAUGGCCAGCAUGAGGAGGCACGACCGCCGGCACUCCGCAUCGGACAUCCUGCUGAAGGUCCUGCAGCGCAGACGCAGCUCUGCCCUGGAGAUCCUCUCCUCCUCCUCCCACAGAGUGAUGGUGGCGGUCAGCGUGAACCAGCCUCAGCCCCCAACUGAGCGCAAGACCAGGAGAUCCAAUGCAAGGGUCCCGACAGCAAAGUACACCAAGAUGGGGGAGACCCUGAGGCACGUCAUCCCAGGUCACAUGCAGUGCUCCAUGGCCUGUGGAGGGAAAGCCUGUAAAUACGAGAACGCCUCUCGCUGGAGUGAUGAGGAGCAAGCCAUCAAGGGACUCUACUCGUCCUGGGUUACUGACAACUUGCUCGCUAUGGCAAGGCCUUCCACUGAAAUCAUAGAGAAAUAUAAUAUAAUUGAACAGUUUCAAAGGUGCGGUUUGAAGACGGUCAUUAACCUGCAGCGACCUGGAGAACACGCCAGCUGUGGCAACCCCCUGGAGCAGCAGAGCGGUUUCACGUAUCGACCUGAAACAUUCAUGGAGGCAGGCAUCUAUUACUAUAACUUUGGAUGGAAGGACUACGGUGUGGCAUCUCUGACUACAAUCCUUGACAUGGUGAAAGUCAUGUCCUUCGCUGUUCAAGAAGGGAAAAUGGCCGUCCACUGCCAUGCCGGUCUUGGAAGAACAGGGGUGUUGUUGGCGUGUUACUUGGUCUUCACGACUCGGAUGAACGCUGAUCAGGCCAUCCUGUUUGUGCGAGCCAAAAGACCCAACUCCAUCCAAACCAGAGGCCAGCUGCUGUGCGUCAGAGAGUUCGCCCAGUUCCUCGUCCCUCUGCGAAGCGUCUUCUCCUGCGCCGAACCCAAAGCGAGCGCCGUCACUCUGUCCCAGUACCUCACGCGGCAGCGACACCUGCUGCACGGCUACGAGGCUCGACAGAUGAAGAACGUGCCAAAGAUUGUCCAGCUGGUGUGCCGGCUGCUCGUCGACAUCGCAGCAAACAGGCAGGUUGUGAUCGAGGAAGAGUGGCUAGAGAUCCCUGACCUCACAGCUGAAGUGGAGAAGACGGUGUCCCAGCAGGCCCUUCAGCAGCUGGGGAAGGAGAUGAGAGGGAAAGGGAUCCCUGUUCCACCUUGUUCCUCUCAUCCUCUCAGCCCACCAGCGCUACAUACCAGACCCGCUCAUGAUCAGCCUCUGCCCAGCGACAACGAGCUCGACCCUCUGUGGAGGCAGCAGAAUGUAGAAAGCCCUCUGAGAUUCUCUUUGUCUGAGACCAGGCCACUCAGCUACAGCGAUUCUGUCCUUCACAUGCUUGGACAACCGCAGCACUACUUAGGGAAUCUGAAGAGCAACAAACCAAUCAACCGCCUGAUCAAACAUUCCUUGUCUCACACCAGCCUUACAGCCUGUAACUCUCCCCAGUGUUGUGACUUCUUUCCUCAGGACAUUGUCAGAAGCGAUCAGGAUCCCUAUACAGAAGUAAAACAAGACAGCGAAUCCCCCGUUUUAACAAGGCCGCUGCUGAAGGGCCAUCAGAGUUUGUCUUUAGAUCUGUCUGAGCAGGGAAGAAAAGCCCAUUGUAACGCCACACUGCCUGCCUUAUCAACCAAGAUGAAACUGGUAGCCAGCGAGGAGGAUGUGUCAGGGGGUCAAGGAGAUAAUAGAGGAGAUAACACAGAGAUUCCUUUCAUCAACCUGCAGUCUGAGCUCUCCCCAGAGAACAGACGUCUACUGGUGGCCAAAGCUCUGGCCGUGGAUCUGACAGACAAGGAUCUCUCCUCCAAAGUGUCCAUGUGGCAGACGGAGCUGAACUCCAGAGAGGGGGCGUGGGAGAGGCUGUGCAUGGAGAGAGACCCUCUGGUCCUCUCCAGUCUGAUGUGGUCGUGGCUGGAGCAGCUGAAGGAUCCAGUCAUCGGCCGUGAGGAUGUGAAAGCCCUCAGUGAGAAGAACGUAAACCCCCAGAAUGCACUCAACUCACUGGAAAAGGGUCACCGGCUCACCUUGCUCUGUAUCCUCGACUGUGCCGCUCAUCUCCUGCCAGUGCCUCAACAAGUGGAGACCAGCUUUCUUAACCAAACCAUUAAAGCUUUUACUAAGAUCGACUCUGCCUCGGAGAAGAACGAAGCUUCGUACGCGACGCUGAAAGCAAUCCUGACUCCCAUCCUGUACGAGCUGCGUGACAAAGCCGUGGAGGAGAACGAAGACUCCUGAUCGGCCUCAACACGACCAGUCAGACGAGAUGAAGAGUCCCUAACAGGGUUCCACUCUCAUUUGUGGGCAUUACUGCGUUUUUAAGCCACUUCUUUGCACCAGAUACUGCUGAGAUCUGCCAAUCUGUAGUCUUUGAAGCUAUUUGAUACAACACUAUGUCAUUUUAGCCUUCUGUUUUCAUUUGAAGGUCUUAAUAGACUCCAAGUACUGCCAUUCUCUGUGUUAACGUGCCACUGUGCUCACCUUUCGUCACCUGUUCUACUGUAACUAGAUGUUGCUUUUAUUAUCUAGCUCUGAGCUGGUAAGAUAAAGACUAAGAAAUGUUUUCAUUAUUUUAAUGUACGGGGUCGGGGGGGAGCUUAUUUAAACCAAAAGAUGUUUUUUACACUGUGUAGAUGUUACAGUGUGUCUUAUUUAUUCAGACCUUCUUAUCUGAAAUGCAGCAAUUUGUAUAAUAGUUAAAACCCGAUGACGAGGUGCAAGGUCGCUUCAUUCCUGUAGAAUGUAAAGUGUUUUCUUCGAGACUAAAACUGUGGCUACUGUUACGGCAAUGCAAAUUCAACGGGCCACAGUGCGUUUGCUUUUUUCCAAUCAAUUCUUUGUCCUUAAUACUGUGUUUACCAAAAAAAAAAAAAAAAACUCACUCUGCUGUUCUGUUGUUCAUGCAUUUGUAAAACAUGAAUCUGCCUCUCCAGUUGCGUCCAACACAAUGCUGUCUGACUCAACUGAAAUUGCCUCUCUCUGUCUGUAACAACGCCUCGCCUCUGCGUGUGUGUCGGUGUGCGUUAGCAUGUGUGUGUUUGAAUGUAUGAAUGUGUGUGUAGCUGCUGAGACGAGUCGGCGCCGCCUCUCACCUCAUAUUGUCUCAUAAGUGGACACGGUGUAAUGCAGAUCUGCUGACACGCUGAAUGUGGAGCGCUGAUGUUAAUAAUAUUAAUAAUAAGAACGACAUGAGACGUUGUACUGUGGGUUUUUUCAACAAACACUAUUUUUUCACUGUUACAAACGGCUACUUCUUUCAGAAUUAAACACAACUGACUGCA